ACGGAACCAAAAAAAAGCAGGCACAUCCUGUUUCUGCACGGAACCAAACAAGCAGGCACAUCCUGUUUCUGCACGCUGCCUCCUCCAUCACCAACAAACCUCCGCUCUGCUGUAAAACCAGCAAAACCAUCAAAAUGCCGAAAGCUAAGAAGUCAGGGAAGAGAAAGAAGUUCAACUACAGCCAGAACCGGAAGAAGCUGAAGAAACAGGCCAUCAAGAAAUGCAACCCGAGGAUAGAGAAUUCACAGAUUCGAAAUGCGUGGGACGACAAGAAGACCAUCGCCAGGAACCUGCAGGAGAUGGGUCUGGCUUUAGAUCCGAACCGCACGCUGCCCAUAAUGAAAAAGAGCCUCCUCGGUGCAGAUAAAGUGACUAAAGGUCCCUCCGGCAUCGUGACCAAACCCUACGUCAUCAACCAGCUGCAAGAGGAGGCCGACCGUCCAGAGAAAGACGUGAAGACGUUGUCCACGGAUCUGAUCGAGUACGCUCAGUACAUGAUCCGAGAGCACACUGACGACUUCAAGGCGAUGGCCAGGGAUGAGAAGAACUACUACCAGGACACACCCAAACAGAUCCAGAGGAAAAUAAACGAGUACAAGCGGUGCCACCCGGAGCACUACAGCGCCUUCAUCAACUCGCUAGCUGCUCCACAGCCGAUGGUCCAGUAAAGGGACUGUCAACCCUAAUGUGGACUUUAUAUCUCAUUGUCUGUAUCAGGAGCUCAUUCUGGAGAGACGUAGUGCAAAGAGGACAGAAGUCCAGUGUGAGGACUGCAGAUGCACAGGAAGUGCAGAUGUUCAGAAGCUGUUUUGAUCCUUCCGGAUCUUUCUGUUACUUUCCUCCCUGUAAAGAUUUCCUGUUUUAAUCAUUUCCACUUUUUUUCAGGUGUUUGUUUGUGUUCUGAAGGUCAAACGUGAUCGACUGAGAUGUGUUUAUUAUGUAAUCAUUUAAAUACCUUGAAGAUCA